GCAGCCGCGCGGGGGGGGGACACCUCGGUGCAGCCGCGCGGGGACUCGGUGCAGCCGCGCGGGGACUCGUGGGUGCGGGCGCCGGGGACAUCCCCGCAGCAGCGAGUCUGCGCCUCGGCGGCGCCUCUGCGGGGCGUCCCGUUCUGGCCCCAGGGCUCCAGGUGCGUGAGAGGCACCCCAGCCUCCUGUUGUCCCGGCCCCUCCGACCUUGCUGUGACUGUCCCGCCUGGACGUCACCGGCUUUGAGGUCUCUCAGGAGGGGAGGGCUGGAGGGGGUCUCCGCGGCAAGGCCGCUUGCAAAUUGGUGGUGAAGGACCUUGUGGUCACUGAGGGGACAGGCGUCCAGUUCCUUGCAGAGAGGCCGCCAGUGACUUAGAUUUCUGAGAUGUGAACCCAGUAUCCUGAGCCAGAUGAGGAAGCCGGGCAUGGAGUGUGAGCCAGCAGCCCCAGGUCACACAGCUGGUUGGUAGCACAGCUGUGUUUUGAAAUCACAUGAGUGUUGAUUUACAGCCUGUCUAUCUUUAUAAGAGUGUCCAGUAAGUCAGGGAGACGGACCCGGCUUCCAGCCUUGAACGAGAACAAGCCUGUGUGCUCCCUAAGAGGCCAUGUGGUGGUCCCUGGCGGUCCUCGUGGGCCUGUACUACCUCCUGCGCUGGUACCGGGAGAGACAGGUGGUGAGCCACCUCCAGGACAAGUACGUCUUCAUCACGGGCUGUGACUCGGGCUUCGGGAACCUGCUGGCCAGGCAGCUGGACCUGCGAGGCUUGAGGGUGCUGGCUGCAUGUCUGACGGAGAAGGGGGCCCAGCAGCUGAGAAGCCAGACGUCAGACAGGCUGGACACGGUGAUCCUGGAUGUCACCAAGACAGAGAGCAUCUUGGCGGCCACCCAGUGGGUGAAGGAGCAUGUGGGGGACAGAGGGCUCUGGGGCCUGGUGAAUAAUGCUGGCAUCUCUUGGCCCACGGCACCCAAUGAAUGGCUGACCAAGGAUGACUUCAUGAAGAUACUUGACGUGAACCUGUUGGGGUUGGUGGAGGUGACCCUGAGCCUGCUGUCCCUGGUGAGGAAGGCGAGGGGCCGUGUGGUCAACGUCUCCAGCAUCAUGGGCCGACUGUCUCUCUGCGGUGGGGGCUACUGCAUCUCCAAAUAUGGUGUCGAGGCCUUCUCGGACUCCCUCAGGAGGGAGCUCACCUACUUCGGGGUGAGGGUAGCUGUGAUCGAGCCUGGUUACUUCAGCACUAACGUGACCAACCCUGAGAAGAUUUCCAGGGGCUUCCAGGAGACAUGGGACCGGCUGAGCCCGGAGGUCAGGGAGGCCUAUGGGGAGGAGUUCCUGGCCUCUGCCAGGAAGCCAAUUGAAAAACUGAAGUCAAUGUGUGACACCAAUCUAUACUUGGUGACGAACUGCAUGGAACAUGCCCUGACAGCCUGCCACCCCCGUACCCGAUACUCACCUGGCUGGGAUGCUAAGCUCCUCUACCUCCCCAUGAGCUACCUGCCCACCUUGCUGGUGGACACCAUGAUCUACUGGAACUCUCCACGCCCGGCCAAGGCUGUGUAACCCAAGAAGGACUAGGGCUUCCCGGGGACAUUACUCAGGACUCUGGGAUAUCAGGAGGAAAGAACUGUUUUGUGGCUGAGGAACAGGGAUGGAUGUGUGAAUGAUGACCACCAGUCUGACCCAUUAGCCUGAGAGGCCAACUCACAGACCUUGGCUGAAAGGACGUGUCUAUAAUUGGGAUCAGGACAGAGGACACAGAAACCAGUUAUUGAGUUGUCUUGACACUUUGAUGUUCAUUGAUUGUGUUUGCCUCAAAAUAAAAGUUGAAAAGUUGA